AUGGCGAGAACUUGUCCUCUCCCCCUCACCGCCUCGCCUCGCCUCGCCUCUCCCUCCUGUCGCUCUCUUUCCGUCCGCUCGCUUCUAUCCACCACGCUGCACUGUAACCACCUACGCUCAACACACUCGCUUCAAAGCCGACGUUCUUUCCACCUCUGUCAACCCAUCCCUCGCAUCCUCUGUCUCAUUCCACCUUCACCGGCAGCUGGAUUGUCAGUCACUCAGUCACCAUACUCUCCCCCAACCCCGUCAUCCCCAAGUAGACCAGCGCAACUGCUGGCGCCGGUCCAUCCUACCAAAGCGGAGAGUGCACGCACUCCAGGACCUUGCCCGCCGUUAUCGAUGACGGGAUCAGUUGUGGGAUGUCCGUCACUCCUCAAGCCCGUUUCGUUCAACCAACUGACGCACCAGUCGGCCAACGCUAUGCGUUGCGUCCUCGCUCUCCUCGUCGCCCUUCUGGGUCUGCUCAACCUCGUGGCAGCUGCUCCACGGAUCACAAUCCCGCUCGCUUCGCAGCAGCCACCAGUUGCGCGCGUGGGUCAGGACUUCCUCUUUUCGAUCCUCCCAGGCUCGUUCGCUUCCAACUCAACUGUCACCUAUGCUGCGACCUCGCUACCACCAUGGCUCCAGUUCUCGCCCUCCAACCCCGCGUUUUACGGCAAGCCCACCGCCGCAGACGUUGGGCAGUACAAUGUAACCCUGGCUGCCACAGAUGCGACAGGCACUGCCAACUCGACAUUCACGCUCAUCGUGUCCAACUACUCAGCACCGAUCCUCGUCAUGGACUUUGACAGGCAGAUCGCAGACCCCAGCCUGGCAGACAUUGCGAGUGCCAAGGUCAUGCCUGGCGGCAACGGCGUGUCUGUGCCACCAUACUGGUCAUUUGCGCUGGGGUGGAAUGGCAACAUGUUCAAGCGCCCUGACACGAACGGCAACGGUAACCUGUUCUACACGGCCCAUGUACGCGGCACCGCCGGUCUCCCGGACUGGCUUAUUUGGUCCAACACGACAUUCACCUUCAACGGUGUCGCCCCCGCCAAUGGAUCUUACGAGGUCGUCGUGACUGCUUCCGACUACUGGAACUACACGGCUACAUCGGCGUCUUUUGUCUUCUCCGUCGGCGACGGCGCCGUCAUCGAGAACUCGAAGGCCUGGCCUGGCAUCAAGACCACCUCGCGCAGCUACAUCAAUCACGCCCUCGACCUCUCGGGUAUGCUGCUCAACGGUGAAAAGCUCGACGCUGCCCAGGUUGAGGCCACCCCCGACCUGUCUAGCACCCGGUGGCUCUCAUACGACAACACCACCCGCACCAUUUCGGGCGUGACUCCGGACGCGCUCGUCAAUGGCACCAUCGCUCCUUUCAACGUGCCUGUCACUCUUUCCUCUGCCAACUCCUCCAACACUCUCUCCUAUGUCUCCUACCUAAACAUCAGUGUUCUGCCUUACGCUUUCACCGACUUCCAGCUCUCGACGACAAAUGUCCCCGCGGGCCAGACCUUCCAGUUCGACGUCUCCAAGUACCUUGUCAACAAGACUACGACCGCGACCAUCAACGCGACGGUAGUCCCAGGUGAGGCUGCUGCCUGGUUGCUCUACCACCCGGACAACUACACCCUCGUCGGCACACCCCCUGCCAACAUUACUUACACGUCAAUGAACAUCACGUUCAUGGCGGACGCCGAGGGGGCGGUGUCGUCGACCAAUGUCACCAUGCCCAUCGACGGCGUCACCGGCCCGCAGGGCGAGGGUGAGCCGGCGCCCAUACCCAUUGCGCCAAGCAAGGGUGGCCUCUCGAAGAAAAACAAGAUCAUUAUCGGUGUCGUCGUCGGCGUCGUUGGUCUUCUCAUCCUUCUGGCCGCCAUCCUCUGCUGCUGUUGCCUCCGCAAGCGCAAGGCGGCGGCCGCCACGAAGGAAGCACCUUACCACAACAAGGAGGGAACUCCCGAGACACUCGUCAACACCCCCAACGGCAAGAAGUCGCUCCAGGGCGACGGCGCAAGCCCGGUUAUCACGAAGAUGAGCGACAGCCCUCGCAAGUACAUCAAGGGUCUCUUCGGCACCGUCAACGAGCCCUCCCUCCCGACCAUUAACAGCAAAGACUCGGCAUUCCACUCGUCCCGCCCCGGCUCCAAUGCCAGCUCGUUCAUGUGCGCUGGGGAGCUGCUCGCCACUGCUGGUCCUCACGAUGUCGGCCCCCGACGCCUUUCUGACUUCACUCAGUCCGCUCCUAGUGCCGAAUCGCUCGCCAGCUGGGAAUCUCAGCCGUCCAUGCACUGGUCGGGCGAGGAUGAGUACCUUGAGCCUUUGUACGAGAGCGAGGGCUUUGAGGCUCUGUCGCCCACCACCGACCCAAGCGCCCCUCCGCCCUCUGAGACCGGUGCCUCUCAACUCAUGACACCCACCUUUGGACCCACUCUGACCAGCGCUGGUCCCUCGCAGGACAAGCAGGGCACGGGCUCUGGCCCUUACCCCAGCUACGUACCCGGGCCUCAAGGUGACAUCCCACGUCCCCGUGCAGGCUUCGUUCCCAGCUAUCCGCGGUGGAUCAAAAAGGGUGAAAGAGGUCCACCACUCUCAUCCGACGAUGUGUCGCUCUACUUCUCCGAGUUUGACAAGGACAACUCGAGCCGCAACAUAGUCAGCUCGCGGUCGCUCGUCGCCUCGCGCUCGCUUGACUCGUUUGCUGGUCAGGGUUCCGAGAUCGUCGGCACAAGCUCUGGGUCGCGUCUUUCGCACAACUCACAGUCGAACAACAGCAACGCGUGGUGGAAGGGGUCGAACAUGUCCUCGCUCCUCAACCGCUCGGACGACAGCUACGCAGGCGAGGCUGUGGUUGCUACCGCGCAACGCCAGAGCCUCGACACGCAGCGAUCGUCGCUUUUGCCGAACGAAGUCAUCGACUUUACGGGAGGGCGCGACCGCGACCUUGACGUUGACAUUUCGCCGCUCACCGGCGGUAACAGCCCAGCCAUCUCGGCUCAUCCUGUCACACCCACUACUCCCGACCGACCGGUCUCGUACCUUGUGGUACCCAGCUACGUGCACCCGAUGUACAGCCCGCCCAAGAAUGCGUCUCCAGCGCGCCGACACUCGUCCUCGCGCCGGACACAAGCACGCGUAUCACCGAUCCCUACGCGUGAUCACAUCCUGCGCGGCGAGCCGCCAGCCGAAGUCAUGUACUCGGCCCCGCUCGACAAAGCGCACGGACACGCGCUUUAG